AUGUGCUUUGGCAAAUUCUUUGGCGGCAGCCGUCGGCAUCGCGCUAACGCUGCUCCUCAAGGCGCCUCCGUGCGUCCCAGCCUGGCCAAUGUGCCCCAGAUGUCCGUGGAAAAUGUGCGCAAGGUGAAGUCAUCCAAGUCCAUCAAGUCGAGCAACGCGGCCGCUGCAGCCGCUGCGGCCAGCCACGGGACAUUCAAUGUGGGCAACCAACUGGCCCCCAGUGUAAACACCAUGGCUUCGGAGGCUAGGAAGUCGGUGGCGGCUGGGCCAGGCGGAGGAGCUACCAGUGACAUACCUGCCAGCGGCUCGAUGGUACCCAAUACUAGUGGACCCGCCGGCGGAUCUGCAGGAGGGAUUAGCAAUGGGCGUUCCGCUAAACGCAGCUCCUGGUGGGGGUACCUCGGCAUGAACAAGAAGAAGAAUUCUAGUAUUGGAUCCCUCUAG